AUGAGUUUUGAUAGAUUCACAACUUUUGAUGAUCCACACCUCUUCACCAGUGCAUAUCCUGUACGGACCAAAGAUAGCGAGCCCUGCAACUUUAUCACUUUUCUAGCCACUGCCCAAAGGCUCCGGAUUCCGUUUCUGUCCAUCACAUGGGAGGCACACCGAUCAAUCAUUGGUGCAGGCGCCACCAGCCGAAUCAAUCAGACUCUUGUCAAUCUGAAGAACGCCUUUGCCUUCAAGCGCAUUGGAGAUGGCGACAGACGCAAGGCCGAGGCGGAGAUUUACGAAUGCCUCAUUAGCGAGCUCAUGAUCUUGGGCCAUCCAGAGAUCCGUAAUCAUCCCAAUAUUGUGGAGUUGCAGGGCAUAUGUUGGGAUAUCGCGCCAAAAUCAUCCGCGGGCGCCACUGAGGCAACAGAAACAGUGUGGCCUGUACUGGUAUUUCAAAAGUCGCAAUAUGGAGACAUGUACAAUUUCGCGGGGUUACCCGUGGCGCGCGAGCUUUCUAUCAAUGAUCGCAUCAAGAUAUGCCGAGAUAUUGGGAAUGCCUUGGCACAUUUACAUCUUCACGGUAUCAUUCAUGGUGACAUCAAACCUCAAAAUGUCCUCAUCUUUAGAAGCGAAGACGGCUCCUUGUCUCCAAAGGUAGCCGACUUUGGCUUCUCGGUUCUAGGCGCCAAAGAUGAAGACCAAAUCACCCUCCAUGGCACCCCAUUAUGGCGUGCGCCAGAGCUGGAUGAAUAUCCCACUUUCAGCAAGUCUGAUGCUAUGAAGACUGAUGUCUUUUCUUUCGGGUUGCUCUGUUUGUGGUUUAUUCUUGAGGAGCAUUUGUUACAACCUUUUUCGUUUGACGGACCAACACCACUGUCCAUCGCGGAUAAUCCUAGCGCAAAUGGCAAGCUAGCUGUUACACAGCUGGCCAAUCUGAAAUCAGCGGGCGCACUGACGAAUUUCGUCCAACGGGUGUUGGUCAAAGCCAAUACAAGCAUAGAGAACAAGGAAAUCUUGCAGGAUUUCUUCUCCGCCUGCCUUUCAGACGAUCCUGGAAGCAGAGGAGCAGACAUGAUUCACGCCGUGGACAAAUUGACUGGAAACCGAACUCCUCGAGUGCGCCCAGAAUAUUUGGCUAAUGGAACUGCACCAGAAGACGAUGAUUUCGGAGCAAGCUUUGGAGGCUUUGGAAAAACUACUGAAGAGCAGCGUUUGUUGAGUAAGCAGGACAAAGCUGCGGCUCGACUCGCAAUUUUGAAUUUUGUUGUGCGCCAGCGCCAGUCCGGAAUGCAUGACAAUGCAGGCCUGUUUUAUACUGGAAUGUUGGACUCGGGCCUUAUAUCGCUUGAAGACAUGGUGGAUUUAUACCGCCGCCACGGUGUGUUUGAGGAAGCAGAAGGGAUCACGAACAUGGACAUUCAGCGCUUGGGUGAAGUAAUCGGUCCGGAUCACAUCAUCGUGGUUAGUUUGAAAUCAAUCCUCUUGACCAUAUUAGAAUCAAAGGGCCGAUGGGAAGAGGUCGGCAAGUUGCGGUCAGAACUCAUGAUAACCGUCAAGAAAUCACUCGGUCAUCGACAUCCAGUCACCAUCACCAUCACACAGAACCUGGCCCGUGACCAUUUUCUUCAGGGUCAGUGGCGAGAGGCGGCAGAACUAUGGGAGGAUACUUACGAGACCUCCAAGCUGGUGCUCGGAAAGGAACACCCGCAGUCAUUAUGGAAUCUAAGCGGCCUCGCUGAAGCUUUACAGAAGUUGAACCGACAUGCCGAAGCCACGCAGAUAUAUCUCGAGAUCAUUGAUGCAUCAAAGCGGACUCUGGGUGAGGAACAUAUCGAUACGAUAAGUUUCAUGGGUGAUCUGGCUGCUGCCUAUGUGGCACAGGGACGUUUCAAUGAGGCGGAAGAAGGCUUGUUGAAUUUGUCACUGGUCGCCCAAAGGUUCUUUGGCCAUGAUGACGAGCAUACCUUGAACGCCAAGGGUACUCUAGCCGGCGUUUACUACAUGCAGGGAAGGUAUGGAGAAGCCGAAGCCCUUGCAAUGGAAACUGCCGACAUUUCCAAAGGUCGCCUGGGAAUUGAACACCCCAAUACCCUCAGUCACAUGCACACAAUAGUGGUCAUUCAUCGGGGACAGCGUAAGUGGGAGGCAGCCAAAGAAAUAGCUCGGGAAACAUUCCGAAUUUCCAGCAAAAUAUUUGGUUUCCAACACAAAGACACUCUGACAUACGCAAAUGAGCUAGCGCAGAACUAUCAGGGUCUAGGACGGUACGAACAAGCUGCGAAACUGGGCCUGGAGAUUGUCGAGGCAUCUAAGAAGGUGUUUGGACCACAAAACCCCAGUACAUUGUCUAGUCUACAGCAUCUGACAACAACAUAUCGAUGUCAGGGUCUCGAUGUGGAUGCUGAAAAGCUUGAGAAAGAAAUCGAAGGAUUACAACCACUAAUAUCAAUACCCAAGCAAGCGCAGCAUUACCGAGAACCUCCCACUGCUCAAUCCAAUGAUGACUUCUCUGCCGAUUUUAGCAAAUUUCAAAUUUCGGACCCAGGGACCCGUAACGAGGAUUUUAGUCCGGACUCUGUUCCGGAUGCUCUCGACCCGGCCCAGGACUACAUGGCAAUCAAUGCCGCCUUCUUCGGGGCUGCACGAAAAGGAGAUGCAGCCGAGGUAGAACGACUUCUAUCAAUGGGCGUUGGCAUAGAGGCAAGAACCAGGGCGGGAGGUACAGCGCUGUCAAUCGCUGCCCGUGAGGGCCAUGUCACCGUGGUCGAAAUGCUACUUGCCAAUGGGGCAGACAUCAACGCCGAAAGCAUCACCCUAUAUACGCCAUUGGACUAUGCCGUGUGGAAGGACCAUGCAGAGGUUGUGGAACUUUUGCUGGCCAGGGGUGCUGAUAUGGAGGCUAUUCACGACCAUGGCGGAACCACGCUGCACAAGGCGGCGGCUUUUGGAAAAUUAGCCAGUAUCAAACUCCUCCUUGAUGCCGGUGCAAACCUUGAGGCUCAAGAUGAGGAUGGCAAGACGCCCUUGUUUUGGGCGUUUUGCUUCUUUUCCCCAAAUGCCGUCGCCACACUGGAAUUACUACUGGAAAGGGGCGCCAACAUUGAAGCUAGAAACAAUCUUGGCAUGACUCCGCUGCUGGACGCCAUAGAGACAUUCAGUAAUGCCCCAAUCAUCGAACUUUUACUCCGCAAAGGUGCCGAUAUUGAAGCCAGGGACAACAUGGGCUGGUCUCCCUUGCUGUGGGCAGCGGAAGAAGAAGAUGAGAUAAUUGUUGAAAUUCUACUAGCCAAGGGCGCCGACACUGAAGUGAGGAAUCAAUUCGGUCAAACGGCCCUCUCAUGGGCCUGUCGAAGAGGCUUCGAAGAUGUUGUAAAACUUCUUCUCGAACAUGGUGUAAACAUUGCGACCAGAGACGAUGAGGGCAAGACCCCCCUAGAUUGGGCUCGAGAGAUGGGUUUCGAUGCCAUUUCAACACUCAUCAAUACUUGGCAGGACAAGGAGAUUUGA